ACGCAACAGCUAACUUCAGCUAAAAACUAAACUCGUCUACGAAAUGUCGAAACUUCUCAAGUUUUCCGCAUUUUAAACUGUUUCCACUUAUAACUGAAAUAUUUAAUCAAAACUACACUAAAUAUUAUUAAAAAGUUUAUAAUAAAAACUUGAAAAUGUUUAAAACGUGACUUUUUUCUUUAUUUACGUGCGUGUUUAACUUGUAAUUUGUAACAUGUAAGAAAGUGUUAAAUAACGUCGUCAUUUGUCACACAUAAUUUUCGCAAAUUGUGCAUUUUUGUGCGAUUGCAACAUUUUUCUAGCGACGUGCUUCGUGCUCUGCAUAAUUUAACGCAAAAGUCGUGUUUGCGUGCGAGUGUGAAGUGCGAAAGCAGAACGUGGUGUAAUUUAAACUAAUGUUAAUUUACAUUGAAGGUAAUCUCAAUAAAAGUCAACUUGUGGAUGGUGCAAUGUACUGAGGACAUGUUUUAAACGAAUUUAACAUCGUUCAAUGCGUUUUAAUGCACUUUUAUGUGUCUCUUCGCGAUUUUAAUGCGGUUUUUAAGACUUAUAAAGUGUAGAAAGUGACAUAAUAAACGUUAAAAAAGUGGCUGACAAGUGCUUCAUAGUGCAUCAUAAUUAAAAAGUGAAUUAUCCUUAAUUUACGGCAAAAAUUAAUAUCAUCAAAAAUGCUGCACAUUUUGGUAUUGUUCCUGUUUCUUCCACUACCUACAGUUGUAAUCUCCUCACCAAAAUGGCGACCAGUAUGCGGUGGCGCCCUCACAGCCCAACGCGGUGUAAUUUCCACACCGAACUUUCCACAAGUUUUCAACACGCCUAUCCACUGCCAAUGGCAUAUUGAUGCACAACACGUGCGGCAAACCUACGGCGAUGCAAUGAUGCGUAAUGAGUCCCUCAGUAUCAAGAUCUACCUCACGCAGGUGUACGUCCACGAGGGGUUGAAAGUCGUGGAAUAUGAGAGCAAAGAUGCGUAUGACUAUCGUCUAGAAGGAAGACGUGUGUUUACACUGAACGAGGAGGCAGUUACAAGUAACAAGACGUACAUUUUCAUCGAAAAGGAAUAUGUGGUGGUGGACUUUCAACUGGAUCGAACCGAGAGCACGCAUCUGCGAGUCCUGGAUGGCCUACUCAAUGUCUACGGGUUUAAUAUUACCUAUGAGAUUACCACGCAGAGGGAGAGAAGAAAUCGAUGUUCGAUGAAACUUUGUGGAUUCACUGGUUAUUGCUAUGAUGAUUUUGUGCACUUCAAAUGCGAUUGCUUUCCGGGUUUCUGGGGCAGGAGAUGUUCAGAAGGGCCGAAAUCAAAGUGCAUUGUGAAUGGUCAGCCAGCGUGUGAAAAUGGCGCUGAAUGCUUACAUACAGGACACACAGCGUUUGUGUGCGAUUGCCCGCCUGGUUUUCGUGGCUCCUUUUGCGAAAUACGCGACGAGGACAUCGCCCCAACCACCGGUUGUGGGAGCGAUCCAGAAUGUUUAAUUUCCUGCAAGUUCAACGGCACAAUGGAGGACGUGUGUCAGUGCACCGGAAAGUCGAGCAAUAAUCUCCAAGCUAUUAAUGAAUCCAUUGGUUAUUCUAGCAGGAUAUUCGUGCAGAGCAAACUGAGCGAGAUCGAACUGCGUGAAAUAUUAAAACACAAUAUGCUGGAUACCCUGAAAGUGAACAUCAGUAACAUCGACGACGUCAAUAUCAUAUCAAGCACAACUGCAAAUAACGAAACCGACGUGACUUUACGCUUCUACGCGUCGAAAUAUCAGGACGAGUUGGUGCGCAGCACGAUACGCAAAUGGGGCCGAGCGCAAUACGCUCGCAACGAUAAGCAUUAUGUCCUCACCGAAAAGGACAUUCUUGUCAAGACUGAACCCUAUUUAUAUUUAGAGAACAUAGCAAUCGAUAAAAAUGGCGUAAUCAGCGAAGGUGACGAAUUUGUGCUUUCUUGCACCGCACGCGGUUCACGCUUCAUGAUAUUCCGCUGGUUUAUGAACGGAUAUUUAGUUAAUCUCACCAGGGCCAACAAAAAUAAAUGGGAAGAGCUCAUAUCGAAAGGUCGCAGCAACACGGACCAUUACACCGCGCUGCUGGUGGUACAAAAAUCGACGCGGUUCGACCGCGGUCGGUUUACGUGCCACGUGGAGGACUACGGCGUGCAGCAGUGUCGUUCACUGCAGGUUGAGAUGAACUAUCAGCCCCAGAUCAAACUCGAACCGGCGAGUCUCACCGUCGAUAAAGGUCAACCGUUUACGAUCACAUGCAUCAGUCUUGCCACAUUCGGCGAGAAAUAUAAAUUUUCCUGGACGAAAGACAAGAGCCUGCUACCGAUCAAAACGGAGACAGAACACUAUGAGAUUUUAUAUCCGGGCGGUAGUAUACUGCAAGUCGCCGGAUUAAAUAAAUCAACGUGGUACUCAUGCCUGGCGCAUCUGGAUAAGCUUUCGAGUGAAUCGAAGAUUUUGGUGCACGUAGUCGAUAAACGCGUGGCGCAUCCGUGCCCGACUGAGCGAUUAGAUGAGUACGACUGGCCGGAGACGGCGACCGGAGGAGAUUGCCGGCUGGAGUGUCCGGACGGAUAUUAUGGAGCGGCGACGCGUGCUUGUAUCAUGUUGGAGAACGGCGCACCGCGUUGGUUGCCGCCAGACUACUCGAACUGCACCCGCCAUCAACUGAUACAACAUUUACGCGACUUUCGCUAUCUCGUGGAAGGAUAUGCGACCACCACGCCGCUGCAGACAUUGAUAAACAUCAAACGGUACGUCGUCGCCGAAAAGCUCUUAAGGGGCGAAGGGCGAGUGAUAUUGCAGCAUGUCGAACGCGUGGUGAGUUUCAACAACGCAUCGUUUGGCUACUCUGAUCACGAAGCCAUCACUGACGUUGUGCUUGACAUCGUCGACGCCAUUUUGGCACAAAAUGUAUCUCUCAACAAGGAACAGCAAGUAGUAACUCUACAGCAGUUGGUACGCAAUCAAUUAAUGGUUCUUGCACCACAUAUAAGACACGCCUAUCGGAAAUCUUUGCACAAUCUGCAGGCUACUAUUGAAAUCGACUCUAAUCGACUUAGUUCCACACGAGUAAUUUCGGUCGACUAUCGAAAUUUAUAUGAAUUCCUAACUAAAAAAUCAGUGAUACGUUUAAAUUACAGCGAUGAUCGUGAAAUGAAAUAUGAAUUAUUCGCUGGAGUGACAUCAAUAUGGCGCCUGAACACGCCCCUAACAUCAACGCCAUCUGCCGGAUCAACACACAUCCAUAAACCAUCAUUAAAAACCGACAAGCGUAUAUCUACCGUUUUUCGUCAUCAACACACCCGAUUAAGUGACAAUACACUUGAUGCAUUGACUUUAUCGCUGUCUUUAAGCGAAAGUUCAACUUCGGGUACCCAAAAAACAAACUCAGAAGAUUUACCAAUAAAUAGCAAUACUAGACCGACUGUAGGAGUGGUUAAAUGUGUACUAGCAGAGUACGCAGCCUCUGAUUAUGUGUGGAAUGCAUACAAAUGUCGUAUUCUCAGUGAAAAUACUUCAAGCGUACGCUGUGAAUGCGACGAGGAGGGUACUAUGACUAUUCUACUCGUGGAUGAUGUGCAAAGUGAGCGAGCCGAGUUACAUCUAACAGCCUGUGAUGACAUUGUUUUAGUAGGAUGUGCUGUUUGCGCAGUCGCAUGUGCCAUUUCAGGAAUACUACUUGUACUAAGUUGGAUCCGUCAUAAAUCUACAAUGACUUUUCUCAAAGCACAAUGUGCUUUAUCACUGGCCGCGUGUAUGUUAUGUUUUAUUUUUGGAUUCUCCGACAGUAUUUCUAAGCGUUUCUAUUUGAACGUGCUAUCAUGUUUGCUGAUCUUCUACUUGAUGGCGCUGUCGUCGCAACUGAGUACACUUUUGAUCAUUUACACCGAUCUCAUCGAGAUGCAGCAGAUCACCAGUAUCAAACCCACAGUAGUGGGCAUCAUUACCGGUGCACCAGUGAUUGCAGUCUUUGCCAAUCAUCUCACACAUAAUAUCAAAGAUAUUUCGUUAGUGCAUUGGUGGAUUGUACGCGAUACGCUUUCAUUCUACAUGUUUAUCGUGUGUAUCGCGAUUGUUUUUAUACUUUACGUUAUUCUCUGCUGUUUGGUCUCGAAAUUAUUAAAAACUGACAAAACUAAAAGUGACAAGAUACUAAGCAAUCGCUCGACAAUGAUGACAAAAUCAACGCUAAUCUUCACGAUCGUCACAAUUUCAGCAGGAUCAUCGGUGGCGUGCGUGAACCACCCGGAGGAAAUCAUCUGGCAGUACGCGUUCGCCGCUACGUCGAUAUUUAUGGGCGUGAUUAUUAUGCUGUGCCUCGUGUUUAAAGUGCGCGCCAUGAGCAGAAAAUAUUUCUGGGACAGGCUUAACCGUCGUGGGAGCAGCGGUACCAAUGCGAGAGAAAAGGACCCUACCAAUAAAGGUAGUAAAGAUGGCAAGGGGCAUCAUAUAUCACAUAAUAAAUGUGAUAAUAUUGACUUUACACUUGAAUCGUCACAACAAUCACCGGAAAUCGAAGAAUACAACGCUUCCCCAACCCAAUACAACGCCAUUUCUGCAUCAUCAGCUGUAGUCAACUCAAAUUCUCUGAACUCACCCGAUAUUUUGGGCACCAAAGUAUUCGCCGAGUUAGAUCUCGUCGCAUCAUCUUUACAGAGCAGCAGCGCGAUGGAAAAUACUUCACCACAACACUACUACAAUAGUUCCGAUAAACAAUUAAGAAAUCUUAAUAACAUCGCGCAUAUUGACGAAAACAUCGACAAGUUGAUCGAUAAACCGAUGAAGACUAAACAAUUGACACUCAAUGACACUUCGGGUGUUAGCAGUGUUGUCAAACGUGAUAAGUGUGUUAAGUUUUGCGAUCAAGUGCAGUACAACACUUCGAUUUCUCCACCACCAGUGACUGAGUGCGCGAGUAAUCAAGAGUGUUCCAGCGCGCGUGCGUUACCGAAUCAAUUGAAUACGUGUGAGUGUGAUACGCGUCCGAGUGCCGAAAUAAAAUCGGAAAGUAAUCCUGCAUUGGAUGAAGUUAUGGACGGUAUUUCUAAUGACCUAAAAUAUUUGCUCAACGACCAUCAGUUUACAGAUCCGUUGAAUACCAUUUCAUGUUAAUAUUUACGAUAAAAUAAAAAUUAACAAACGCUUGCGAAUCAUUAAAAUAAUGACAAUGAAACAAUGUAUACGCUCAGGUUUAAUUAUGAAUUACUGAUUAAUAUUUUGUUUUUACUUUUACCUUUUGAAGUAAUGCUUAUUUUUAGUUUUUUGAUAUUAUAUAGCUGAUAAGUACCUA